AUGGAAUGCCAUCCUCCAUGUCGGACACCAAAAUGGAACCGUGACCCUUUGGUCUCCCAACUCUCAAACCCCCUCGUAAAGGCACUCGUGCACCAGGGACCUGUCCGGUCACUGGCAAUGGACCGCACAGGCCACUACAUGGUCUCUACAGGCCAAGACCAAAAGAUGAAUGUGUGGGAUAUCCGCAUGUACCGCGAGGUGCAUUCAUACUCAUGCUACCAGCCCGGCGCAUCUGUAUCGAUCAGUGACCGCGGCCUGACCGCAGUUGGCUGGGGCACUCAAAUGAGCGUAUGGCGUGGUCUUUUCGACGCCGCGCAAGCCGACCAAGGCAAGGUGCAGAGCCCAUACAUGGCAUGGGGCGGAGACGGCCAGCGCAUCGAGAACGUACGCUGGUGCCCAUACGAAGAUAUUCUCGGCGUAGGCCACGACCAAGGAUUCGCCAGUAUCAUUGUUCCCGGCGCCGGUGAACCCAACUUCGACUCACUCGAAGCCAACCCUUACGAGAACGUACGACAGCGCCAGGAGCACGAGGUCCACUCGCUGCUCACCAAAUUGCAGCCGGAUAUGAUCUCGCUCGACCCCAACAUCAUUGGAAAGCUCGAUACCGUCAGCGACAAGAAGUAUCAGGAGCAGCGCAACCCGGACCAAAAGCCCGAGGAUCAUAUGGAGAAGAUCAAGAACCGCGGUCGUGGCCGCAACAGUGCUCUGCGUAAGUACCUCCGCAAGAAGGGUGGAAAGAAUGUCAUCGACGAGAAGCGUGUCAAGGCCGAGACGUUGCGCAAGGAGUAUGCUGCUCGCACGAAGGACAAGCUCAAGCAGGAACGUCUGGAUCUGGGACCGGCUUUAUCCCGGUUCGCCAAAUGA